AUGGACCUGCUCGAUAACCCUCGUCACAUUUUGAUCAACUAUUUCCCCAAUGAAUCGCUGCUGCAGCCUCUUUGGGACGCGCUCCAGCUUCACUAUAAGGACUACAUGAGGUCGCCCCUCUUCCCCGUCAUUCUCACCGUAUCCUCCUAUUUCAUCUUCUGCGUCCCUUAUGUCAUAUGUGAUAUUAUGGGUGACAAAUGGCCGUGGGUGCAGAGGUUCAAACUGCAGCCUAGCGUCCGCCCGACCUGCUCUACCAUGCUGCACUGCGCCGGGGUAACUUUGAAGAACCACUUGUUUUUGGUCUUCCCUGCAUCUGUGGCGCAAUGGGCGUGGAGACCUCCUGUGGACCUCCCGGAAUCAGCCCCAGCUCUGCCCGAGUUCGCAGCUGGCAUCGUUGGGAAUCUUCUCCUCUUUGAUUUCCAAUACUACAUCUGGCACUUGCUGCACCAUCGCAUCCGCUGGUUGUAUGUGACGUUCCACGCAAUCCAUCACAAGUACUCGUCGCCCUUUGCGCUCGCCACGCAGUGUCUCGGAGCGUGGGAGCUUCUCACCGUCGGCUUCUGGACCACCCUGAAUCCGAUCCUGCUGAAGUCGCAUCUCCUCACCACCUGGGUCUUUAUGGUGGUGCACGUCUACGUUUCGGUGGAAGAUCAUUGCGGUUAUGACUUCCCCUGGUCCUGCUCACGCAUCGUUCCCUUUGGCGCGUACGGAGGUCCCAGCAUGCACGACGUCCACCACCAGAAACCAACCAGCAACUUUGCUCCUCACUUCGGCCACUGGGACAGAGUUUUCGGCACCCACGCUGAGUUCUGCUUUGCCAAACCCAACGGCAAAAAAGCAAAAUAG